AUGGCAGAAGACGGUGAAAACUUUGACUUCGAAGCCUUGGACGAUGAAUCCUCGGAGCUUUCAGCGCUGGUCACCAUGACGCCAUCGAGCUCAGUGGUGGGCGAAGAAGAUUUCGGGGACGCCGAGUCGAUGAAGGAGCCUGAGUUAGCAACCGAGGGCGAGCUCUUGUCUUCGAGAGGAAGCUACAGCUCCUUGCGCCCUCACUUCAUCACUGUCCUCUCUGACUUCGGGGAGAUCGAGCGGUUCAUUAUCGAGGGCGACUCGUUGAUGUCCUACAUCUUCGAGGACGAGAGCCUCGCAUGGGGGUGGGGGGGUCAGCUGCUGCAAGUGACCUACCUGCUCGAGCUGCUCCUCUCUCAGCUGGUGGGCCGGGGGUCCAACUUUGCGGUGGUGUUCUUCGACUCGCACGCGGCCGUGUGGCAGGGCUCGCGGCGGAUAGCGCGAGAUCUGAUGAGGAGGCACCUGGAGAGGAUGAGGGGGAGGGGGUUCGAGACAGAGAACUUCGAGUCUCCUGCCUGCGAAGAGUGGAAGACCUUCUGCUCUGAGUUUAAACCCGCCACCAUCGCGGUCUCCGAUGGGAGCCCCUUCCAGGCCCUUGCUCUCGAUUGUUUCUUUUCUGGUUACAACCUCUUCUUCCUGGAAGGCAUGGAGCUGCUAGAUAGAGAGGUCAAAGCCUUCUACCUCUCGUCCCCCGGCAGAUCGUCAGCCCUUGGUGAGUCCUCCUUCAUCGGCAAGCCUCAGCUCCCCCGCUCGCCCAGCUCGGACGAGUCGAGCCUACUUGAGUUUCUUCAACGCCCUAUCGUCGUGCAGCUGUUCAGCAAAGUCGACAAGAGUCUGCGACUGGCGGCAUGCCUCUGGUCCUGCUCCAUCGUCGCUGCGAAGCAUCAGACGUGCAGCAAGAGCGUCCAGGCCGUCAAGCUGUUCAUCCAGCACAUCUACUUGCUCGAGACAGGCUCCUUCACCCUCUGCGAGCGCGCGCGGCUGUGUGGGUGCGAAGGGAGUGGGGAAUUCUGUGAUGUGUUGAAGAGAAUCCAAGAUGAGAUCUUAGAGAAUGUGGUGGACUCGACCUGGUUGACCUCAGGGCUGAAGUUAGUGGAGGAGAAGAGCAUUCAAAGCUCUCUCACUGACUUCGCUGACGGCCUUCUCUUGCACAGUCUUUCCAGCCGAUGCGACCAGAAGCUCCUGUCGCAACAAGACCUUGACCUCCUUGCCCUGAUGUGGAGCUGCGUUGCUGAAGGGACGGAAAUCGCCGGCAGUUUCCUUCCUCUGGCCGUCAGCGGGUGUGCUGAGAGGAGAGUCGAGGGGAUGCAAGAAACUCUGGAGCCUCUCCCGGUCGCACGGGACUCGCUCUUGCACUCGUUCCUCAAGGAGAGUGGGGUGGAGGAUGCUGACCUGAAGCUGAGCGAGGAGGGAGCGAUGCCCUCCGGCUCCUCGUUCCUGGAGAAGAUGGGAUGGAAGCUCGACGCGAACUUCCCCAGCUUCCUGUGGACGCACAGCAGGGACCAGUCAGCCUCCCUGGAGCCCUCGAGCCGAUCGAUGAGCGAGUGGGAGAAGAGGAGGCAGCUGCGUUGGAAGGCGAGGCAGAGCCAGAUGUACUUCCGCCACCUGCACGAGUACGCGGCCUCGCUCUCUGGGACGACCGUGCUAGGGGCGACGGCUAUCUCGAGCAACUCAGACACGCCCAAGUCAACACCAAGGUCGCAUGCGAGCUCGGAGGAGAGGGGCGAAGAGGCAGAGGUGGAAGAGAAGGGGAAGGGAAAGGGAAAGGAGAAGAAGCCCAAGGAGAAGAAGCUGUCGAAGAAGGAGCAGAUGCUCCUUGACAUCCAGGCGAAGAAGGCCAAGGGCACGGAGAACAAGCUGGAGGGCGAGUGGCGAGAGCUGCAGAACUCGAUCAAGUCUUCCUCCAACGCCGUCGCCAAGAUCAAAGACCUCGACGACUUCUCCCGUCGCUGCAUCAGCGCCCAACAGCCGAAGCUCGCCAUGCAGGUGGCGCUCGAGCGGCUGCGGGAGUGCAAGAGCGCGUGGCAGGAGGACAGGGAGGGGCAUCGGGAGAACAUGAAGUUCGCAAUCUUGACAAUGGAGAUGGUCUACUCGAUCAUCACUGUGCACGUGCAGGCGCUGAAGGAGGUCAAGUGGGAGCCGGCGGAGGAGGCGAGGGUGGAGGUCCUGCGGACGAUGAUCCAACUGGGCUUCACGGAUGCGGCAGCCAAGGUCUCCGAGUGGCUGGUGGACGCGGGGGACAAGGAGGCGCGAGAGGCGCUGGACGAGGAGGUGAAGGAGCUGAUGAGGUUUCAGCGGAACAAGCUGAGCGUCUUCAGCAAGAGCUCACCUCACUUCCAGCUAGAGCACAUGGGCCACCUGCUUCCUCGCCCGCCGCCCAAGGUGAAGGACCCGAGGAUCGUCACCUUCACCCCGGACGACUGGCAGCGCGAGCUCCUGGACGUGGUUGACAGCAGAGACUCCGCGCUGGUCUGCGCGCCGACGUCGUCGGGCAAGACGUUCAUCUCCUACUACUGUAUGGAGAAGAUCAUGCGGGACAGCCGGUACAAGGACGGCAUCCUCGUCUUCGUCGCUCCCACCAAGGCUCUCAUCAACCAGAUCGCCGCGCAGGUCUACGGCUCCUUCCACUCCGCCUUCGGCAUCUUCACUGACUCCUACCGCCAUCGCGCCCUCUCCUGCCGCAUUCUCGUCACCGUCCCCGAGUGCUUCGAGGCGCUGCUGAUGGACCCCGACAAUGCCUCGUGGGCCCAGAGGAUCCGCUACGUGAUCCUCGACGAGGUUCACUGCAUCUCGAGCUCGGAGGAGGGCAGGUUGUGGGAGAGGAUCCUUCUCUUUGCCAACGCUCCCUUCCUCGCCCUCAGCGCCACCGUCGGAGAGCCCGAGCAGUUUGUGAGCUGGCUGCAGGCCGUGAAGAACUUGCAGCGGCUGGUGGACGGGGGGGAGGAAAGAGAGUCGUACACUGUCAAGCUCGUGCAGCACCACGAGCGAUGGGUGGACCUGAGAAGGCACGUCUUUGUGGAGGAUGAAGAGGAGGAGCAGGAGGAGGAGCAGGAGGUGAAGGCGGAGGAGCUCGUGCGGUGGGCAAGGCUGCAUACGCGUCCUCGUGUGGAUCACUCCUCGUCCAAGAUCGAGUGCUCGGAGUACCUGGACUCGCUCCAUCCCCUCGCCAGCUUCACAAGCGCGCAGCUGCAGGCGGCGACGAUCCCGGCGAACCUCAAGUUCGAGCCGAGAGACUCGCUGCUGCUGUACGAGAAGAUGCAGGCGGAGGUGAGGAGAGCCAAGGAGCAGGACGCCAUCGCAAGUCGCGCGGAGGCAGUGGGGAAGUUGGACCCUCAGGCCUUCUUCCAGGACAACAUGCAGUUCGUGAUGAAGCCGCAGGCGGUGGCGUAUGAGCAGGCGGUGAAGGAAGAAUUCCUGCUGUGGGUCCGAAACGGUUGGCAAGAGGAAGCGAUCCGGGUGCUGAGAGCCCUGGGGAACAAGCUGGUGGAGAGGAAGGAGGAGCAGGAGCAGGAGGAAGAGAGCACGAGCAAGGGGGGGCGCAAGGACUUUGUGAAGCGCCUCUUCAAGUUGUGCUCGGUGCUGCACAAGCAGGAUCGCCUGCCCGCGGUGAUUUUCAACUUCGAGCGAGGAAUGUGCGAGAGGAUCGCGCUGGGCUUCAACGAGAUCCUCAAGAGCGCGGAGGAAGCAGCGCGAACGGAACACGCGAAGACGCUCAAGAACUUCGACAAGACGCGGGAGCAGAAGGAGAAGAUGCACAAGAGGAUGAGAGACAAGGUGAUCUCAGAGAAGAAGGAGGAGGAGAUGCUCCAGGAGCUGGCAGAGAUGGGGGAGGACAGGUUCGACACGAGCAACAUGGACGAGGCUGUCUUCAAGUCUCAGUUCACCUUCGUGCAGGAGGGUCGCAGCAGCGCGUACGACUUUGAGAGGAUCACAGAGAGCGCGAGGAAGAGCAUGGGGGAGUCUCACCCGCUCAUUCAGAUCCUCCGGCGCGGCAUCGGCAUCCAUCACUCGGGCCUGCAGAACAAGUACCGUAUGGCCGUCGAGAUGCUCUUCCGCUCCGGCUUCCUCCGCCUCGUCGUCGCCACCGAGACCCUCGCCUUCGGCAUCAACAUGCCCUGCCGCUCCGUCGUCUUCGCGGGCGACCACGUGGCCCUCAACGCCAUCCAGUACCAGCAGAUGAGCGGGAGGGCAGGCAGGCGAGGGCUCGACGUGCUCGGCCACGUCAUCUUCUUCGACGUCCCUCGCCACAAGCUCCACCGCCUCAUCGUCGCUCCAGUCCCUCGCCUGCAGCCCCGCUACUCCCUCUCCUCCUCCCUCCUCCUCCGCUUCCUCACCUACCUCUCGCGCGUCCCCAACGUCCGCGGGGUCAGCCGAAGCGUAGAGCAGGCGGCUCGCAGCUCCAUCACUCGCUGCCUCCUCCUCCCCCACUGCUCUGUCGAGUCGCCGGCCGUCAAGCGGAUCCUCCCGGUGCACGCCAAAUUUGCCAUCGAGCUGCUGAUGCGUAUGGGGCUGGUGGACGAGCGAGGAGAGCCUCAGCCCCUCGCCUCCCUCGCACAACAUCUUCACUUCCUCGAGCCCUCCAACCUCGCCUUCCUCUGGCUCCUUCAGAACGGCGUCAUGCAUGAGAUCUGCCAGAUAUCGGCGGAGCGCAACAUGGAUGCGGUGGCGAGGGACCUCCUCCUCCUCCUCUCCUUCUUCUUCGUCCGCCAUCCCAUCCAUCAGUCCCGCGCCUUGGACCAGGAGCUUCUCAGCAAGGCCAAGGGUACCGUGGUGCUUCCUCCUCUUUCCCAGCGCUGCCAAGACCUCCUCCUCCGCUACAACAGCAUGUCGCUCCUCACUGCAGUCGCUGCAGCUGAAGCUGCUGCUCGAACGCGAGGGGUGCCGGCCGAGGCUUCGCUUCCUCUCUCUGGGGUCUCGUACCCGACCAGCAGGUCCGAGCAGGACCCGAGCAGCGAGGUGGUCGCGAGCUUGAGCGGAGGAGGAGAGGAGGGCUGGACAAUCCGCUCCUCCUUCUGCGCUCUGUCGGGGGCAGCGAAGCGCUCCUUCAGCAACUACCAGGAGCUGAUCUCCUCUGCUGACCCUCAGCUGGGGCUGCACGGGAACUUGAGCCCAGUGCUGCAGGAAGAGAGUCGGGGCAGGAAGAAGACGCUGAGCAGCUUCGUGCUGGACUUCUACAACUCCGAGAGCCUCGUGCAGGUCUGCAGGGAGACGGGAGUGAGCAGCGGGGAAGCCUGGCAGGGGCUGCGGCAGCUGCAGCUCAUCCUCGCCUCCCUCGUCAAGGCCCUCCAGGGCUGCGCGCCGAGUGAGGAUGCGGUCCUGCUAGCCGUCACCUUCCUCGAGCACAAGUUCUCCUCCAAAUUCUUCUCGAAGCUUUACAAGUGA